CUUUCAUAGACGCAGGGUCGAAAGGAGAAUCGCUUCCUCUCUUACUCGGAGACCGUCCUCAUAUUUUUACCAACGACUGCUUAGCCUGCCUUUCUUUCUCUGUUUUCCAUUGGCACUCUACCAAUUGAUACCAGGGAACGGCAGACGAGCAGUUGCACGCACACACACACAAGGCAUCAUGUCUGCUGUCAACCGCGGAUUGCGCCAGGCGACGAGAUCACUGCACCUCCACCGCUCUUGCAGGUCCUCGGCUCUGCGGUCGUUGUGCGCCUUCAAGAACGCCGCUGCCCCCGUCUCCUUCGCUGCCACACACGCACGCAGCAGCUUCUCCACCAUGACCUCACUUCAAUCCGCCAGCGUCUCGACGCCCUCGCCCUCUUCGGGCAAGGGCUACGAUCCCGAGAUUUUGGAUAUCGCGAGCUACGUGCACAACCAGAAAAUUGAUUCGGAGCUAGCUUUUGACACAGCGAGAUGGGUGUUCAUUGACACCCUGGGUUGCGGCCUCGAGGCUCUGCGGUUCAAGGAGUGCACCAAGCUCCUGGGCCCCAUCGUCCCGGGCACCACGGUCCCGUCGGGCACCAAGGUUCCCGGAACCGACUUCCAGCUGGACCCCGUCAAUGGCGCUUUCAACAUCGGUGCCAUGAUCCGGUGGCUCGACUACAACGACUGCUGGCUCGCCGCGGAGUGGGGUCACCCCAGCGACAACCUGGGCGCCAUUCUCGCUGUUGCCGAUUGGGUGACGCGGACGAACAAGUCCGGCCGGAAUAAGGUGGCUGGCGGCAAGAUCUUCACCAUCCGCGAUGUGCUCGAGGCCAUGAUCAAGGCGCACGAGAUCCAGGGCUGCCUCGCCCUGCUCAACUCGUACAACAAGGUCGGUCUCGACCACGUCGUCCUGGUCAAGGUUGCCAGCACCGCCGUGGUCAGCAAGAUGCUGGGCCUCAACGAGCAGCAGACGGCCGACGCCAUCACCCACGCCUGGGUUGACGGCCAGAGCUUGCGCACCUACCGCCACUCCCCCAACACCAUGUCCCGCAAGUCGUGGGCUGCCGGUGAUGCCUGCCAGCGCGCCGUCAACCUGGCUCUCAAGGUCCUUAAGGGCGAGACUGGCAUCCCCACCGUUCUGUCCGCCCCGACCUGGGGCUUCUACGAUGUCCUGUUCAAGGGCAAGAAGUUUGAGUUCCAGCGGGGCUAUGGCAGUUACGUUAUGGAGAACGUGCUCUUCAAGGUCUCGUAUCCUGCCGAGUUCCAUUCUCAGACGGCCGUUGAGGCGUCGGAGAAGAUCCAUGCCCAGCUGAAGGCCAUGGGCAAGUCUGCCGCUGAUAUUAAGGCCGUGACCUGCCGCACCCACGAGGCCUGCAUUCGCAUCAUCGACAAGCAGUUCAAGCCCAUGGACAACUUUGCCGACCGCGACCACUGCAUCCAGUACAUGUGCGCUGUCAUGCUUGUCUUUGGCCGCCUCACGGCUGGCGACUACACCGACGGCUCCGAGGCUGCCACGUCGGAGCUUGUCGAGUCGCUCCGCAAGAGGAUCAAGUGUGUUGAGGACCCGCAGUUCACGGCCGAUUACCACGACCCGGCGCUCCGCACCAUCAGCAACGGCCUGACGGUCGAGUUGAACGAUGGCACCGUGCUGCCCGAGGUGGUUGUCGAGGCCCCGCUCGGCCACCGCCUGCGCCGCGAGGAGGCCAAGCCCCAUAUUCUGGCCAAGUACAAGCGUCACCUUGAGCCCCAUUUUAGCGCCGAGAAGGUGCAGGAGCUUGUCCAGCUCGGCCAGGAUGGGAACAAGCUGGAUUCCAUGAACGUUGAUGACUAUGUUGACCUGUACGUCUGCAAGGACAGCAAGUUCUUCAAGGAGUAGACGAUGGUGUCCACGCAAUGUGUAUAUACACAGAUGAAAUAAAAAAAAAGUUGGAACGAACUCUAGCACGUUGGGUUGCUUCGCAGACGGCACAGUCCAUUCCAGAGCUGGACGUGUCCUCGAUACGCUCCA